CGAGGAGCAAGCUAAGAAGUGUGGUCAUCUUGAACCUUGAAAUCAAUGUAACGAAGAGGACCAGGAAGUUAGUGAACGAACGAUAAAACAGGGUUUUCCAUGUUAUGGCUGUGUGAGCUUCACAAGAACUGUGUGAGCUUCACAAGAACAAAACAACGCCAGAAUGAACAACAACUACCCAUUUUCCCAAAAGGGUCAACGUGGGAUAAUCCACACCACCAGCUAGCGUAAAACUAUUUGGAGCAUCAUCAUCCCCAUCAUCAUCAUCUGAAGAAGAAUAAUGUAUAUAUGAUGCUCUCCAGUCCGACGAUCUAGGUCUAGAACCUCAAAAACCGCAAGUGAAUAACUAUCUGGUCCAUCCAAUCCAAGUUGUGCAGAUUUUCUUAGGACACUAUGGUUAGGUGACCUCCGAUCACCCUCACUUCAUUCCCCUAUCUGGCCGUCACCUGACUGGUGGUUGCAAUGGCUUUGCAAAAUGGAUACUCCAUCGACUCCUCCCCACUGGACGAGAGUGGAGAUACUACACCCCUACUUAAAAAAGAAGUGGUGGAUGUUGAUGAUUCAGUACCUUCACAAUGUUGCUCUGCACGCUGCAAUCUGGCCAUCAUGAUGUUCUUUGGAUUCUCCGUCGUCUACGGUCUCCGUGUCAAUCUAAGUGUUGCCAUGGUCGCCAUGGUCAAUGGGACUAAAAGCCAACCAUCUCUCAACAGCUCAGGUGGCCAUGAGUGCCCAGUUUCCUCCCACAGCAAUGGCAGCCAAACCCCAGACCAACCAGAUGGGAUACCUCUGUAUUUGUGGGAUUCUCUGACUCAGGGCCUGCUGCUGGGGGCGUUCUUCUUUGGCUACCUGGUGACGCAGAUCCCCGGGGGUUACCUGGCCGGACACUUUGGGGGGAGUAUCUUCCUGGGGGGAGGGGUGCUGGGCACCGCAGCCCUCACCCUCCUCACCCCCCUGGCAGCGCAGCUAGGACCCUACUGGCUGUUUGGCUUACGGGCACUGGAAGGCUUUGGGGAGGGGGUGACGUUCCCGGCCAUGAUGGCCAUGUGGGCUCGCUGGGCUCCCCCUCUAGAGAGGUCUCGGCUCAUGACCCUUUCGGGGUCAGGGGCCAACUUUGGGGCCUUUGUAGCCCUGCCCCUCACUGGCUUCAUCUGUCACAGUCUGGGCUGGCCAGCUGUCUUCUACAUGUUUGGGGGUGCUGGUUGCAUUUGGGCAGUGUUCUGGUUCAUUCUGGUGUCGGACCAGCCUGGCACUCAUCCACGAAUCAACACAAGAGAAAAAGAUUACAUCAUCAACUCCAUAGGAAAAGGGGGUGGUGCCCAUGGCUGGUCAGUGCCUUUGUUGCCCAUGAUGCUCUCUGUUCCCCUGUGGGCCAUCAUAGUGUCUCAGAUGUGUGCCAACUGGGGUAACUGCAUACUGCUCACAUCACUACCCACCUACAUGGACACGGUGCUUCACUUUGACCUCCGACAGAAUGCCUUUCUCUCAGCUCUGCCCUAUCUGGGUGGCUGGGCCUUCUCAGUGAUAUCAGGUGUAGUCGCAGACAGCCUCCUGGAGAAGGAGCUGUUGAGUGUAACAGCGGUCCGCAAGAUCUUCACUAUCACAGGUCUGCUGCUGCCUGCAGCGUUCCUGGUUGCUGUGGGCUACUCCGGCUGCAGUGGUGUGUUGGCAGUGACCUUCCUCACCCUCUCUUCAACUGCAGGAGGCACCAGUGCAGCCGGGGUCUUCAUCAAUCAGAUAGACAUUGCUCCACGGUAUGCGGGGGUGCUUUUAGGAAUCACCAACACUUUCGGGACUAUCCCAGGUGUGGUCGCUCCAAUCAUCACGGGUUACCUCACCAAAGAUCAAUCCCUGGCAGGAUGGAGGAGUGUGUUCUGUCUGUCGGCCGGGAUCAGCGCCGUAGGAGCUUUCAUCUUCACCUUGUUUGGGUCCGGGGAGGUCCAGAAAUGGGCCCUGGUAGAGGUGGAUCAGGAGCAGGCAGAAACAAAGAGAGACAGGUCCAUCCCUACAUGACAGAUAAGACCUAAAGCAGGGUUCCCCAACUGAUGGCCCACGGUGGUUUUAUUUUGCCCCCCAUGUUUUCUGAGCAAAAAAUGUAUAAAACAAUAUUAUUCUUUAUUUUUUAAAUUUUCAUUGUUGGUCAUAAAAAUACCAGGAAAUCAGCUCUGCGUCUAUAAUUUAGCCCAAACAACUACCUCUUUCCCUACUGUAUUUUAUUUAUUUAUUUAUUUUGCUCCUUUGCACCCCGUUAUUUUUAUUUCUACUUUGCACAUUCUUCCAUUGCAAAUCUACCAUUCCAGUGUUUUACUUGCUAUAUUGUAUUUACUUUGCCACCAUGGCCUUUUUUUGCCUUUACCUCCCUUAUCUCACCUCAUUUGCUCACAUCGUAUAUAGACUUGUUUAUACUGUAUUAUUGACUGUAUGUUUGUUUUACUCCAUGUGUAACUCUGUGUCGUUGUAUGUGUCGAACUGCUUUGCUUUCUCUUGGCCAGGUCGCAAUUGUAAAUGAGAACUUGUUCUCAACUUGCCUACCUGGUUAAAUAAAGGUGAAAUAAAUAAAUAAAAAUUAAAUAAAAUUUUAAUUUGGGAAUUCUGUUCCCAAGUAUUUCUGCACAUAAUAGAGAGGCAAGUGAUCAUAUACAAAUGUAAGCUUUGUUGGAAAUGAUUAUGUUUAAGUCUGUUUGGGCUUCUUGCGGUCAAUUUGCAGUCGACAAAUGAUUUAAAAUUAUGUUCCGGCCCCCUGACCAUCCGCUCAAUAAAAAAAAAUGUCCCUACGCUGAAUCUAGUUGAUGAUCCCUGUA